CGCGGGCACGAGCUGCGGGGAGGAUUUCCGGACAAUUUGUGAUUGAUUUUGGGGCUUUUGACCCAAAGUUCGGGGGCGAAGAGCCUCCACCCUCCUCCUUCUCAUGGAACUUCGUGGACAGAGCGUCCCGGCUGCCUCGACGGCUCCAGCAGGGUGCGUCCCAGGACCCAGGACGGCGUCUGGAGCCAGGCUGUGGCUGCGGGACCCCAGGACCCUUCAGUUAGUCUUCGUCGUCGCAGUUCUGCUGCCGGGCCAAGUUGACUGUCCCAGCCCCCGGCAGGAUCAAGUUCCCCAGCUGACAGUGGCCCCACAGCAACAGAGGCACAGCCUCAAGGAGGAGGAGUGUCCAGCAGGAUCUCAUAGAUCAGAAUAUACUGGAUCCUGUAUCGGGUGCACAGAGGGUGUGGAUUAUACCAAUGUCUCCAACAAUUUGCCUUCUUGCCUCCCAUGUACAAUUUGUAAAUCAGAUGAAGAAGAGCUAAGUCCCUGCACCACAACCAGAGACACAGAGUGUCGGUGCAAGCCAGGAACUUUCCGGAAUGACAAUUCCACUGAGAUGUGCCGGAAGUGCCACACCGGGUGCCCCAGAGGGAUGGUCAAGGUCAGGGAUUGUACAUGCUGGAGUGACAUCAAGUGCGUUGAUGAAUCAGCUGCCAGUUCCACUGGGAAACCCCCAGCUGCGGAGGAGACAGUGACCUCCAGCCCAGGGACUCCUGCCUCUGUGUUUUACAUCCUACAGAUUGUCAUAGGGGUCAUAUCGUUUGUGUCUGUGGUUGCAUUUGUUUACAUUUUAUUUUGGAAGAAACUCACUUCUUUCCCGAAACUCAUCUGCUCAGGUGGUGGAGGGGACUCUGAAAGUGUUCACAGAGUCUUUUUCUGGCGUUUAUGUCCCUCACGAGGUCCUGGGGCUAAGGACAGUGCCUACAAUGAGACCCUGAGUAAUAGAGACUCACAGCCCACCCACGUCCCUGAGCAGGAAAUCGAAGGUCAGGAGCUGAGAGAAUCAGCAGGUGUGACUAUGCAGUCGCCAGAGGAGCCACAGCAUCUGCUGGGACAGGCAGAAGCCGAAGGGUGUCAGAGGAGGAGUCUGCAGGUUCCAGUGAAUGAUGCUGACCCUACUGAGAUCAACGUCUUGCUGGAUGCCUUGGUGACACCGGAAGAAGGACGUGCAAAGGAAAUAAUUCAGGACUAACUGGUGCGCGCCAAAAAACUUCUUGAUGAAGAAGGUGACGCAGGCUCUGCUACGUUCUGCCUGUGAAAGAAUCUCUUCAGGAAACCAGAGCUUCUCUGGUUUACCUUUUCUCUUAAAAAGGGAAGAAGCCUGGAAGAGACAGUCGAGUGCUUGACCCAUGCCUCAGCAAACUCUACUGUCUAAUAUGGUGCAGCUUACCUGAGGUCUUACCACUUUGUCAAUGCACUUGUAGUAAUUUUUUUUUUUUUUUGAGACAGAGU